AUGGAGAAGCGGAGAGAGUUCAAAGAGCUGCCUAUCCAGCCCCGAGGCAUCUAUUGGGAGGAUGACUUUGUCGAUGCGGAACACGAGCAACGCCUCAUCUCAAUCUUCCGGGAUGAGCUCAAAUGGCCCGAUCGCCCCGGGCGCACGUCACUGCAUUACGGCUAUACCUUCGACUAUAAAACAUUCGGCAUAGAUCCAGAGAUCCCGUACAAGGAGUUUCCAGACUGGCUGCAGCCGCUGAUCCCGACUACCGAGGUUCGACCUCCCGACCAAGUGUGCCUGCAGUUCUAUCCACCGGGUGCUGGCAUUCCGCCGCACGUCGACGCACACGGGCCGUAUGACCAGCUCUACGCCUUAUCUCUCGGCGCACCCGCCAUUAUGCAAUUCCGCAGAGGCGACGUACGGAUCGACGUGGAUCUGACCCCGCGAAGCAUGAUGCAGAUGACGGGCGACUCGAGGCUGCAUUGGACCCAUGGCAUCAAGAAGCGAAAGAACGACACCAUGGUGGAUGGAACGCUACGACCGCGCGACCAUCGCUGGAGCAUUACAUAUCGUUGGCUCAGAGAUGGAGGCGAAUGUGAAUGUGGAAAUGUGGAACACUGCGACACGGCUCAGCGGCGCCGUGGCGUGGAGAAGGAGAAGAGGUCAGUCAUGGAACUGGCAGCGAAAACGAGUGCCGACGAUGCGUCCCAGUCGAAUUAG